ACCCUCGCGUGAGCGCCGGAGCUGAUACACGCCCGCCUCCUCAGCACACGUCACCCGCUACUUCCGCCCCACCGAUACCUCAUUACACCGCGACUUCUUCCAACGUCAUAUUUCAAUCCCGGGUAGUUCAAAUUCCGGAAUGUAAACAAUCGGGCGCAGAGCCGACUCUCCGUGUACCGCUCCUAUCAUCAUGGUGCGCUCAGUGCCCCGGAGCACCGUUAAAUCCGGCCUCAAGAAACGUCUCGGCGGGCUCCGUCUGGAAGGCAACGUAGACCUGCUGAUCUAUCUAAACUGUGUGUUGUUUCUCAAGAGACUUGCAACAGAAGCUCGUUUAAAAGCAAUUGAGGAUAAAUGUUCUGUAAUAAAACCUGCACAUAUAAGAGCAGUAGCAAAGAUUGUCCUGAAAAAGUCAAGAGGUUAAUGGUUUAAUGAAGAUGUUCAGUGAUGUCUGGAUGGUAGCAUAAACCACAUUGAAUAUAGCUAUUUUCUGUGUACUACAUUUCGAGCCUUUGUAUAUAUUUUAAAAUGUAUACUUUGUAAAAAGCCUAGAUAUCUUUCUGAGAUAUUUUGGUAAAAAGGUAUCUCUUGUUAAGCCAAGAAAGUGAUCUAUUUUUUCAUGUUGGUGCACUUUAGGGGUAAGUUAUGUACAAUGUUUUUUGUAAAACACAAUUGACCAUACACUGUAGCUACACUGACUCCUAGUAAAAAAAAUUAAAAUAAAUUGUAAUUCUUUACUUUACAAAAAAAUAAAAAUUGCUUAGAACUAUGUGCUGCACUGAUUUACAGAAAGGAUUCGUAAUACAUAGGUUGGUGCACAAACAUUUCUCCAAACCAUUUAUCCCUGCCUACAGAUAACUGUCUUCCGUAUAUUUAAAUGUACGUAAGUAAUUUUUAAUUUUGUUUAGCAAUCCUUUCUUAAAGACCUGUAAGUUAUUAAAAGGAAUUUCAUUGUAUUAAAACACUUAAAAUGUGUUGUGAAA